GGGACUCUUGUUAUUUGGAUUCUUGGGAAUUGUUCAGGCUUUUAAGAACACAGCUCCCCUUAUUGUGUCGGGACCGCAUUUUAAUGCCGACUUUGAGUACCUCAUUCCCUCUUCCAGGCUGGCCGAAGUCACGGAAUUGACAGAAACCACCUGUACCAGCAGGCCUCAGGAGAAUAUCAUAUAUCUUCAGGUUGAAGGACUUUCGAAGCGGAAUCUGGACAGAGAUUUACUCUCCAACUUGCCUGAUCCUGCGAUUGUCGCUCCACACGUCCUGUAUAAUUCUGCGGAAGAGGUGUCUUUAGCCGUCUCCUCUAAAUGCAAAUCAACCACCGUGGACGUCCACGCAGACGACUGGUUAGACCAGAUCGGCGGUCAAGGCGUGUUUGUAAUACGGUUGGAUGUCUCUGAGCUACCUAUUCUUGAGACAAUCUUGAUCGGUGCCAACCCGAAAACCGUCAUCAUACAAGGUGUUCCUCGGUUCCAAAACACCAUCUCUUUCUUGGGCCAGGCCAAGAAUUAUGUCAAGAAAAUUUCGCAGUACACAAAGCGCUCGGAUGCGGUGGACGAGAGCGACUACGCCGCAAUCCAGGAAGAGCUGAAUGAGGCGUUUGACGAAAUCAACCAGAUGAUUGGGGACGAGACGGCCACCAUUUACGAACCGGAGCAGGAGAACGUCAACUACAAUACCGGGAACAGUGCUAGGUCGAGCAGCGUUGUGGAUGGGUCGCUGUUCGACAAGUACGGUUUCUUCACGCCAGGGCUGGUGAUGUGCACGUUUGUGUCACUGUUCCUUUUUUUCAUCUUCUCCAUCGCUUUAAAGUGGCUCAAUUCUCUCCAGGUGAGCUACAAGGCGUUUGAGAAGCCAGUCACAUUUGGCAAAAAAACGCAAUGAUCCAUUCAGUAUACAUAUGGAACUAUCUUGUACGGAACCAACUUCUCGUACUCUGUCCAGGAUUUGCCGUAUUUGGUUCGACAUUUGUGCUCAUCCCGUUUCUGGCGGUGCAGCAGCAAGAAGGCAAAGUAUAUCACAUAGAAGUAUGUCAAUGGCGUGCCAAACCCUGUUGGAAGACACCAACUCAAUGCAAUCAAUAAAUCUCCAAGAUAAUUAAUAUGUUGCGACAGUCCCCACCAUCCUUCGACCAACAAGCUUGUUCCGCGGUCUGUUUUGAUGCUCUUCAUGUGCGGAAGCAGUCCUUGGCGGAAUUUGCUCUUUUGGCUGUUGGACGAGUGGAAAAUGUAGUAUCCAAUGGCCAUGAUGGCCACCACACCACUGAAGGCUCCCGAAGACAAAUGCACAGGUCUGAGCGAGAGAUAUCUUGCUUGCAGGGAGUAAGUGAAUGGAACCCAACACAGAUCGCCAAAUGCGAGCAUGAAACCGAAUCCGUCGGUGGUAAUGUCCAUCAUGGAAAGCACGCCUUCCUCGUUGAGCACUCCGUCGAAAAUGUAGAAGGAUUGCAUCGCAACGACGAACAAGAGCGAGUUAGCCACCGUUCCAGUUUCCAGAUACUGUUUUUGGAUGCAUGAGAGGUCUAUCAGCAGCCAAAGCAGCAUUCCUGGCCGUAGCUCGCAAAAGAGCUUGAUGUCCCAGGGUCCUAUUCUGGGGUUGAGCUCUCUGCCGAUAAACCAGUCAAAAAGGACGUUUUUGGAGUUUCCACCCUCCGCAAGAAUGCGCUCGUACGUUCCUGCACCAUUGGGCCGUCUCAGCGGGAAAAAGGAGCAGACGUAGACAAACGUGCUGAGAAUAAGAGAAAAUUCCCACGAAACGACCAUCAGGGGCAAAAAAUUGUCAUAAAUAAACUGAAGUUCGGGCACAUUGCCCCUUGUGUACAACGCUCUUGCUGCCAAAGCUGCACAGACCAAAACACUCAGCUCCUUACCGUUGAUCAGAUACGUUAAAUGUGUUCCGUCACGCAGCGUUGUGCCUUUUUUAUAGUAGCCAGGAACAAUAAGAUCCAGCAAUGCAAGACCAAAAAACCAGACCAGGUAUGCUAUCCAGCAUUUGGCACUCAGAAACGUUUCCUUGGUGAGUUGUUCUGCAAGCAAGUUUUUGAUCGUGUUGAUCUGCAAAUUGCACCCCUCGACAACAUACCGAUCAUUGCACGCCGCAUACAGGAAAACAACCACCAAAGGUAGACUGAUGGUCAGAACCAAGGCCCCAGGAAACCCAAAGAAGUCUUUGUGGACGGUGACUGGAUUGAGCAUAGCAGAGGAAAGUUGACAAAAACUCGUAUAAAAAGGAGAGCCAAUAUCGCGUCGAUCGACCCUCACGAGUCAAUUAAUUUACUAAACUAAUUUUACUUAAUUAUUAUUACACAUAUGACUGUGACACAGACCAAUCUCGACGGCAUCCUGCCCCUUGUUGCCCGGGGAAAGGUCCGCGAUAUCUAUCAGGUGGAUGAUAACAUGCUGCUCUUCGUGGCCACAGACAGAAUCUCUGCCUACGAUGUGAUUAUGGAAAAUGGGAUCAAGGACAAGGGGAAGAUUCUCACCCAAUUGUCUGUUUUCUGGUUUAACUUGCUCUCUGACGUGAUCCCAAACCACUUGGUCGCGUCUUCUGACAAGGAUAUUUUUGCCAAGCUCCCUGAACAACUGUCGGAGCCUAAAUACAAGGCCCAACUGGCCGGCCGCUCACUCCUUGUGAAAAAGCACAAGCUUGUGCCAUUGGAGGCCAUUGUCAGAGGAUACAUAACAGGAAGCGCCUGGAAGGAGUACAAGAAGUCCAGCACAGUGCACGGCUUGCCAGUGAAGUCGGGAUUGCAAGAGAGCGAGGCCUUUGAAAAGCCAAUUUUCACCCCGUCAACCAAAGCUGAACAGGGCCAGCAUGACGAGAACAUCUCCCCAGAGCAAGCUGCGCAGCUUGUGGGCGAGGAAUUGUGUGCAGAGGUGGCACAAAAGGCCAUCGCACUGUACUCGAAAGCACGUGACUACGCCCUGUCCCGGGGCAUCAUUCUUGCCGACACCAAGUUCGAGUUUGGCCUCAACGAGAACAACGAGCUUGUUCUCGUUGACGAGGUGCUCACGCCGGACUCGUCGCGCUUCUGGGAUGCCAAGAAGUACGAGCUCGGCCGGUCGCAGGAGUCCUUUGACAAGCAGUUCCUCCGUGACUGGCUCACCUCGCACCAGCUGAAUGGCAAAGAGGGUGUUUCCAUGACGGAAGAAAUUGCCGCAAAGACUGCGGCCAAAUACAAAGAGGCCUACGAGGCUCUCACAGGAAAGACCUGGGCAUAGGUGUUGAAAUAAACCAAGCUGUCCCAAAUAAUUUAAUUAUUUUCUGUAUCCGGAAGUUUGUAAAUAUACUAUUCGAUGGACGAUUUCCAAGUGUUGGAGCUCAUCGGACGAGGCUCGUUCGGAUGUGUGCGCAAAGUAAGGCGUGUCGCUGACGGAAAGGUGUUUGUACGCAAGGAAAUAUCAUACGGGGCCAUGAAUAGCAAGGAGAAGCACCAGCUUAGCACCGAGUUCAGGAUCCUACGAGAACUGAGACAUCCCAACAUUGUGCAGUAUCUCCACCAUGACCAUGUCCAGGAUGAGCACCAGGUUCAUUUGUAUAUGGAGUACUGCGACGGAGGCGAUCUAUCGGUGCUGAUAAAGAAGUACAAGGAGAGAAACGAGUUUAUACCGGAAACACUGAUCUGGCAGAUAUUUACCCAGGUGUUGAAUGCGCUUUACAAAUGUCACUAUGGAACGUCGAUAGAGCCGGUCAGCAAUCUUUUCCAGUCGUCUCCCGAACUAGAACCGAAACCUGUGGACCAUCAGGUGAUUAUUCAUCGCGACAUCAAACCAGACAACAUUUUCCUUUUGUCGGACGGGUAUUCGAUCAAACUGGGGGAUUUCGGUCUUGCAAAGUGGCUCCAACACGAAAACGAGUUUGCCAAGACCUAUGUGGGCACACCAUACUACAUGUCUCCCGAGGUGCUGAUGGAUAGACCGUACGACCCCGUCUGCGACGUGUGGUCGCUCGGAUGCGUCAUGUAUGAAUUGUGUGCUCUACGUCCUCCCUUCCAGGCCAAGACUCACUUGGCAUUGCAGGAAAAAAUUAAGGCUGGCACGUUCCAGCCGAUCCCUGACCAUUACUCGCAUAGACUACAGAUGGUCAUCAACGCAUGUCUUAUUGUCGACCCCAUGGAACGCGCUACCGUCAACCAACUGCUACAGGACGCCUCUUUCAAAUUGUUCAGAAAAGAGUGGGAAAUGACGCAAUGGGAGAACCGGCUGCGCGAGCACGAAACAGAGCUGCUUCUUAAGGAACGCAAGCUGGUCAAGUUUGAGGACGCUCUCAACGAAGAAUGCAAAAAUAUGAAUCUCAAGUUUGAAGAAAUUAGAAAUGGCUAUAAAAAUGAGUUCAAUUACAUGCUCGGAUUGCAACUCAACAAAGUCCUCACAGAGCUCUUCGGGAACCAGCUCCCGCCAGCAGUCAGACAGCAGCUUGCCAACAGAGUAGGCAAGGAAAACUAUCAACAGCCGGCAUUCCAAAACCAUAAACUCAAGGGCCCCCGUGAGCUAUACGACAGAGCCCAGAAAAGAGACGAAAAGAGACGAUAGAUCCGCAGCAUUCAUUACAGAAAAACCAUUAAAAGAUGUCUUUAUAAUUUCUCAGCUUUCCCUCUUUGCGAGGCACCCAGUAGUUGUCUUUGUACUUCCAGUAGGUCUCACCCGUGACAGGAUGUCUGGCCUGGACGAAAAAGGAGGGCUCAUAUUUUUGGCCCGACAGCUCGCGCUGUUUCCGGGCAGCUCUCUGUUUGUUUUCCACGCGCGUCUUUUCAGAGCUGGCAAGGUCAUAUUCUCCAUUUUCCAUUGCACGCUGGUCAGGGCGCAAUCUUGUGUCUGUGCAGGCAAUAACGGGUAGAAGAUGAGGCUGAGGCGCGUUCAACGAGGCCGCAAAGUUCGUGAGAUGGAACAUCAUCUCUGUUCUCUCGUUUGCUUCCCACACCAGGAACUUCGGUGCAUCAGGCUUGGUAGCAUCCUUGGCGAAGAUCUUCGAGUUCCAAUGACCACCGAUCGUGUACUUCAGCUUACCGUCGUUCGAGUAGAUCUCACCCUUGACUUCACCGGCGCUUGAAGCUCUCCAGCCUCGUUGCUUGAAAUUGAAGCUCAUAUAGUCACCAGUGGUGUGGUUUCUAAUUUCCAUCUCCCCAUAGUUAUCGAUAGUUGGAUUUCCGACAAUGAUACCAAUGACAGAGUUCCUGAUCUUUUUCCAGGAAUACGUUUCGUGGUCCACUCUCUGGCCCUUCUGGUCCACAACACCUUUUCCGGGAUAUAAAUCCACAUACCACGUACCCAGAUGUUUGAUGUCAAAGGAGCGACCCAAAAAUUUGGUAUCCACAUUAGACUCUCCGUAAUAAGACCACGAUGGAGCCUCUGCAAUAAGUGCAGAGAUUGGAGGGUGAUGACUCACUUGCUCGGCCAACAGCCUGUACCCCUGGUCCGGACGAGCAUACUCAAAAGUCUCUCCUAGCAACGGAUUGAAUGGCUUAGCAAUACGUCCCACCGUGGAAACAUACUCCGAAGCGGCAAAUGCAGCAAUGUAAAUCAUUCUUGUAGGAGAAUCGUCGAUGGUCGCGGCCUUGUCUAGAAGCGAGCAGUAUUCGAGCACCUCGGCACUUCUCUGCAAUAGCGAGGUUGGCUCAUUAAAAACAACAGGCAAAGUCAUCUUAGUCAUGUCUUUUCCCACCAUGGACUUCAGAACACUCCACAGCGAGAUUUUAGGUCUAUUGUCUUCUUUCUUCAACGUGGUCCUAAUCGGAUCCUCAUAGCCCUUGAAUGUUUCCUCUUUCUUGAUUUUUUCAAGUCGUUCGAGCUGCUUUGGACUUGUCAACUCAAAACCAUUUACAACAACAUGGCCCUUGCUGUCUUCCUCAGAACUAUCUGCAACGGCCGUGGACUCGGUUGCACCGGUGGCCUGCUCGUCAACUUCUUCUUCGUGCCCAGCGUCUUCGGCAUCGAAAAAUUCGUCCUCAGACUCCUCCUCUUCGGCCAAAAAUUGUCUAAUCUGUUCUGGGCUCUUGCUUUCGACGUUGACAAUGUUUUCUCUCACCGUGUCGUUUGGCGCGGCCUUAGUGACGGCCUGUAUGAUUCCAGGAUUGUUCUUUAAAGAUUUCUUGAUCGCAUGAAGCUUAUCUUCGAGUUCCACAAUUUUCUGCUCGCGCGACUGCAUCUCCAGUUCCAAACGUUUGAGAGUAUUUUCCCAAAUCUUGGAGAUCUCCUGCUGUCUCUCGAUAAUCUUGCCAAACUUGCUCUCGUACUUUUUCAAGAGAUCAGACUGUGUUUCUGAGAGACUCGUCAAACUCGAAAGAAUCGUCAUAGCCACUUCAAUCACCUGGCCCUUGGAAACGCUUUCGUCCGAUUCGGCAGCAGUCAAAAACUCGCCAAAAGAUUUCAGCUCGAUCAUCAUCUGGUUCUUGCUCACUGCAAGCUCCGAGUUGUUCAGGUUCGAAGCAAUGAUAUCCUCACCGUCGGCAAUACUGCUGUCUCGGGGAGUUGUAUGGACACUGCUAUCCUCGUCAUCAAGGUCAGUAUCCGGUUCGUCGUCAGCCACAGAAGAAAUCGUAAUCUUACUGCCCGCCUCCCCACUAGACCCAAAAGAUCCAAUCGAAGGCGAACGGUCUUUCUUUGCAGGCAGCUUCAGAUCGGCGUUCUCUUUGAUUUCAGGUAGUGAAAACGCAUCCUUGUUUCUCUUGGCGAGCUUCGAAAGUUUUCGCAUCGGUUUCUUGUACGAUUUGUUGUCUCUAGAAGACAGCGAGCCAGACCCUUCGUCGUCCGAAGACAAAGACACGGAAGAGGCGUUAGAAAACGUUCUUUGGUGGGCGGUAAUUGGCGAUGGCGACUGGUCAUUGUACGAUCCGCGGUUGCCAAUGUUCUGUGUGCUAUUAGACCUGGUGGACUCAAAGCUUUCUCUAUUUCUUGCGGUCUUCUUGGCCCGUUGCUGUUCUUCCGCAGCAAUUGCACGCUGCUGUCGCUCCUGGUCCUUUGCAUAGCGUAUUGCAUUCUGUAACGCCCAGACCCAUCUGUUGGUCUCUAUCACAUGAUUGGCCUUGAGGUGCCAUUUGAGAGAUGCCUUGUUGCCCUUCUUGAUAAUGAUCUCGAACUUGGACUUUUCAGAGCUGUCCAUGCGCAACUGAGCGCUUGCAAGAUGUAUCAUUCCACGACAGGAAUUAUAAAUAUCGUUCGGAGAGGUGUAGUAAGAGAGUCUUCCUUCGGCGUCCAGAAUGAACCAUCUCAGUUUAUAGCCGCCGGCAAAAUUGGUCCAUUUCUUCAGAAAACCCUUGAAUGUUGGCGGACCUGAGUGAAGCUGUCCGCUCUGAUUAGUAGGAUCGAUCAUGGUCUGAUGGUUGCACGAUUCUUUUAGCAAUUUCUUCAUCGUGGACGACACAGCAGAGUCAAUAGGAAGUUUGCCAUUGAGACUCCGUUUGAACGGAUCCCCUCCAUGUUCCAGAAUGAACUUGACCAUCUGGAUGUCGUCUUUCUUGAUAAACUCCAGCAAAACAGUGUCUCCCGUGACGGGAUCGGUUCCAUUGAUGUCCAGCAGGUUUUUGACCCGUGGAUUGCUCAAUAGCCUAUCGAGCACGUCAAACUUGCGUGUCUCAAAAGCGCUUCUCAGCUCGUUUGCCUUGAUUUCCACAAAUUUUGUCCGGAGGUCAGAAAGCAGCUGCACCGUUUCCAUAUUCGAGGAGCACUCGAUGGGCUGCUUCAUCUGCUUGUUGACAAUACAGUCGUUGAUGUCUUCCUGGCCCAUCAAAAAUGUGAUAACGUCGUUUCGAGACGAAAUUGCGGCGUAGUGCAGCGCCGUGUUCCCCUGGUCGUCCUGAGCAUUGAUAUCGUCAACCAGUUUGUGUUGGACAAUAUAUUCUAUUACGGACAACGGAGCCACCUGCACCGCAAAUAUAAGGAUCUGGUGCAAUAAAAGCGUUACUUGCGGAUCCGGCGGGUUGAUUGCCCGGCACUCGUUAAAAAGCUCUUGCAGCUUAUCCUUGUCUGAACUCCUCAGACAAUCCAGCAGCUUGAGCUUGAGCAAACUAGCAUUGGAUGCGAUGUUCAUCUCGGGUAAACUGGAAAUGUACCUGGCGUCGAUAG